GUCAGGUACAAUACAGUCAAGAACAAGGGGGAGGAGCCUCGAGAACAUAAACAAGUUUAGUCUGUACACAGACCGGAGCGACUGCGACACAAUUUAGAGAAAGCAGAGAAGUUAAGCUGCAAAAACUACUUUUCUGACAGCUAAUAAGAUAGCAGUCUGGCUAAGCCCUAACAGAAAAUGAUCAGCAGAAUCCUUGCACAGCUGGUGGGAAGAGAAGAGAAGGACAGUGAUGUUGCAGAAGAAACUGAUAACUGUGCAAACCUCCUCGAGUUCGAUGAUGGAGAAUGGGUUAUCAUAAAAAUACAUGAGAAUCAGUCACUUGGCUCAGCUGACACAAACAUUCUUGAGAACCUGUUAAUUGAGCACCCCAGCAUGUCUGUAUACCAGAUGAGGCCACAUCAGGGGGACCUUGGUUCGGAUGAAGAAACAGAGGACAUGGCUAGGCCUGUGCCAAUCAGACGCCACGUUUCUUGGCGGUUAGCAGCAUGGGGCAGCCCCUUGCCCUGCAGCACCAUUCUGCUCUCAGUGCAGCGUGCCAGAGUCUAUAAUGAGCACAAAAAGCUGACCCGCGGCGCCCUCAACAGGCAAAACCUCGCAAGAACACGCUAUUCACCUUCCGAGCGCCAUUACGGCUACUUCAAACAGCCCACUCAGCGCCUGUACAACUAUUAAGAAGAAUUAAAUGCUUCUGAAAGCACUGAACAUACAGGAUUUGAUAAGUGAAUAGUCGUUUUAAGGGGGUAUAUUUGCAAAUGAUGACAUGAAACCAUUCCCCUGUAAGACUAGUAUGGAUUAAGAAAAAUGUUUCUUUAAAUGCAGCGUAGUAUUAUGAUCUUCAGGAAGAAGUCUCACUGAUAGUCUGACACUGAAUUAAGCAUUUGUUACAAAAUUACAAGUAAUUUGCAUUAUUAGUCUUUUAGUACUUUAAAGUUUUUAAGCAAUGUAAUGUUUGUGUGCUUCUAUUUUAGCUUAGCUGUGAUUGGUGCAUGUAUAUUAAGUGAAAGAAAAAAAAUAAUUGAAAAUAAUUCAGUAUCGAAGACUGUACUGUACAAGGCAUUUUUUUUCAUCAAGUAUUAAAGUAAAAUUGUAUCUUAAUGAUACUCGCAUGACAAAGCAAUAUGCUGUGUUUACCGCCGAGAAGUCUGAUGAUGUAUGUCGUGAUUCAUAUUGUUACAACUGUUAUUAUUUGACUUUGUAUAUUUAAAUGCCUUUAAAUGGUGUUGCUUUUUUAUCCUCAUGAAUAUAUUUGAUAAAACUUUUUAAAAAGUGAAAAAUAAAUAUUUCGUCUUUA